GUGUUGCUUUUGUUCUUUCUGGGAGUGCUGGGGUGUGGACAGCACAAUAUGUCCCUUAUUUUAGGUACACUCCAUAUUCACUGUUGUCCCCUUUUCUAUUCUUAUGCCAAAGUCUCGGAGUUGACAAAUGCUAUAAGGUGACGUGGGAGAAGUUCCAGUUUCAGCUAGAUUUAUUCUUUCUUUGAAGCGUCAAAGCUGAGAUUUCACAUCAACAUUAAGGGUCUAGGGAGUGGCAUCUCCUGUGUUUUACCUAGACUGGUAUGUACAGUAUAUAUAAAUAUCAUGAUGCUCAGUCCCAGAGACUGAGACUGCUCAUGCCAACAUGAAGGUUCUGGUACUUUUUGUUGCUGGAGUGCUGGGCUGCAGUCUGACUGGAGCUCUAACCAUAUCCAGAUGUGAGCUGGUUAAACAGCUGAAGGCAGUAGACAAGAGCCUGAAGACUGAGGACUUGGCCAAGAUUGUCUGUGAUGUCAUGCAGGGAUCCAAUUUUAGCACCAGCGUUGUGACUAAGCAGACCAUCAAAGAAGGCGAUAAAGACAGUAAGCGAAGAAGUAUAGGCUCUCAUUUUGGGUCAAGUGGAAAUGAUGAUCAUAAGAACAUAACCCAUCCAGUCGAGAACGACCGUGGAAAUUCAUCAGUAGGGCAUCGUGAUGGUGGCCACACGCGUCAUCGCCGUGAUGCUGCCAAGGUCCAGGAUGGUACCAAGAAUGUAACCCAUCCAGUCGAGAACGACCAUGGAAAUUCAUCAGUAGGGCAUCGUGAUGGUGGCCACACGCGUCAUCGCCGUGAUGCUGCCAAGGUCCAGGAUGGUACCAAGAAUGUAACCCAUCCAGUCGAGAACGACCAUGGAAAUUCAUCAGUAGGGCAUCGUGAUGGUGGCCACACGCGUAAUCGCCGUGAUGCUGCCAAGGUCCAGAAUGGCAAGGAUGGUACCAAGAAUGUAACCCAUCCAGUCGAGAACGACCGUGGAAAUUCAUCAGUAGGGCAUCGUGAUGGUGGCCACACGCGUAAUCGCCGUGAUGCUGCCAAGGUCCAGGAUGGUACCAAGAAUGUAACCCAUCCAGUCGAGAACGACCAUGGAAAUUCAUCAGUAGGGCAUCGUCAUGGUGGCCACACGCAUCAUCGCCGUGAUGCUGCCAUGGUCCAGGAUGGCAAGGAGGGUACCAAGAACGUCACUCUUUACGGCAUCUUUCAGCUCCCUGACUGCGUCUGCAGCAGCAGUGUGAAUGCAUCAAAAGGCAUCUGUGGUGUGAGCUGCAGCAGUUUGGUUGAUGACAGCAUCGAGGAUGACAUCAAAUGUCUGCUGCUGCUGACCGGUAAAUUUGGUGGGAAGAGCCGUGACAAGUACGAGAAUAACGAGGACAAGAACAAAUCAGUGUGCCGUUUCAUCCAGCAGGAGGUGUGUAAAAACGUGACAAUCCUCGACUAUCUUGGCAAGUGUUCCUGAAUGCUCCGAAAGCCCUUCAUUUGUGGUUUUGACAUGCACUAGUUACCCAGCCGUCUGUUACAGGGGAUGGCUUUUACUGAUUAAAUAAAUGUACUAAAUAAAGAUUGAAGCAUCUUAAA